AUGGCUGAUGACAUUGUAUCAGCAAUGGAGCAGGAAAUGGUGGAAGAACAAGCGAUAAUGUGCCCAAUGACUUCAGCAAAGAGGCAAAGGAAAGGAUCUCCUGACUCCCUAGAAGAAUCAGAUAAGGAACGUGUAGACCUUAGUCUUCUGCAAGAUACCCGCAGAAUCAUAGAAAAUAUCAGAGUCUACAUGAACGCAACAGACAGGAACGUGACUGCGAAGGUAAACAUGGACACAUUAGCAUCCUCGGAAAUUUAUGAUGUCAUACUAAAUGCGUUAGUGAGAAAAGCAGCAUCUUUGGUUAUCGAGGGAAUCAAGACGGAAUGGAAAACUAUACAAAGACCACUGCCGAAACCUCAGACAUCUCGGGAGUUUCCAAGCGUAAGAGAAAAACCGUAA